UCUACAUUACCUUCACCAAUUCACACAAAAAAUUUCCUCUUUAAAACAUUUCUUGAAUAACAUGAUUCGUCCGAGUGGAGGAUCACAGAACAGCCUUGAGAUCGAUGAUCUUGCGCGAUUUGCCGUCAAUGAACACAACACAAAACAGAAUGCCCUUUUGGAAUUUAAGAAGGUGGCGAAUGUGAAGCAGCAGGUGGUGGCUGGAACAAUGUACCAUAUAACCCUGGAGGCUUCAGAUGGUGGCAAGAAUAAAGUAUAUGAAGCCAAAGUGUGGGUGAAGCCAUGGAUGAACUUCAAGGAAGUACAAGAGUUUAAGCAUGUUGGUGAUGCUUAGUUUCCGUUGCUGAUCAGUAAAUAAUGUGGUGGUUUGUUAAAAUAAAUUAUACAGUUCUAUAACUGUUUUGGCAAGAAUGGAACCGAGACACUGGGAGAGUAAUUUAUUGGAAAUGACUAUUCUCAUCUUGUUCCGGAUUUUGAAUCUUGAUUAUUAAACACCAUUAUUGCAUGCAUAUUAUGUCGGCAAAAGGAUUUUGCUAUUUGUA